UCGUCUCUCGCACGGUAGUCUCGACACGCGCACUUACGAUAACGAUAAAAACAUUCAUAACAGAAACUAGUGCAAAACUUUUAUCGUAAAGUGAAAAAAGCUUAAAAAUCCAUAUUUUGCGGUAUAAAAACCCGUUGCUCGGAAAGAAAGUGAAGAUUUGGAAUAUAUUCUAUAGUUUCCAAGUUGUUUAAAUUGUAAUUUGGAGAAAAUGUGGUGGAUCCUGCGUCGGGCCCGGCUCACCGGAGCUUCCCUGUUCAGCCAAGCCACAGGGACCAAUAACAAUAACAAUGUUAAAACAGAGUCAAGACCGCCGCGGAAAAAUUAUAAUCAAUUAUCAUCAAAUGAAAAACUGGACAACAGACAGACCGAUGAUGUUCACAUCGAAGAAGCAGAAGCUGAAUCAGACGCCAGUAGCACUGACUUGGAUGAACGCGAUACCGGAGGGGUUUGCCCACCGUGCGCGCAUGACCGAUAUAAUAACAACGUUCGUCGACACGCACAUGAUGACUUCAGUGAUGACACAGAUUACGAUGAAGCUCUAACUUGCAAUGUUUGCGACCGGUCGUUUCCAACGCGUCGCCAACUCGCAGACCACCAACAGAAGAAACGACAUUUUGGAUGCAGUGCGUGCGACAGCCUGUUUCCCUCGCUGAUGGCUCUGGAGCAUCACAAGGAAGAGUUCCAGCAUUGGAGCGACUCCUCAUACUGCUCGCAUUCAGACUCCGAUGACAGCGAUCUGGAGACGUGCCACGAGGACAGGCAUCGAUUACUCUAAUGCCACCACCUCAUUAUUGCCGGGGAAAAGCCCACUAAGUUGGGCACUUUUGUUUGAAAACUUCUGUACAAUUCUUCUUAUAAACAAGCGUGUAGCUAAAUUCUAGACUUCUGAGGUACUUUGAAUAAUAAUUAUACUCUUUUAAAAAACGAAGUUAAGUUCGUUAACACUUUGGACUUGCCAAGUUUAAAAAGGUAAAAGUCAAACCACCGGCUUAUGGCACCGGUGACUAACGUGACAAUUUAAGGGUUAUUAUUAAGCUCUCUCUAAAUAGUCAUUUUUAGGUUUCUUUUAUUUAAUUUUCUAUAUUAGUUUUAGUGUAUCUUUGAACAUAUUUUUUCCUUUCCUUAAAUUGGUUAAUUCCAUUAUCUAACUGCAUUACAUACUGUAAGCAAUUAAAUUCGGUUUUGCUAAUACAGGCGUGAAGCAACUCGCAAAAUGUAGUCGUACAGUAUUUACCUAUUCUCAGUCCAGAUGAAUUCGUUUAUGAUGUAGUGCAACUGCUAACUUAAUCAUUCUAGAACAUGGUACACUAAAACUUUCGAUUUUCUCAAAAACCAGCACUACAUAAUCUAAAUGGCCCUUUGUAUACUAACGUUAUAUGAAGACAGUUUUUGAGCUCACGUUAUUUGGUUACCGGACCCGUUUAGCUACACGCUUGUCUCAAACGCAAUGUUCUACACGAUGUCACAAUGAUCUAAAUAGUCUCAUAAAGAGUAAUGAUAAAACAGUAGGCUGUAAAGGUAUUAAAACUUCAAUAAAGUCAGUAAAAAACGCAUAUAUUUUAUGCCAUGAAUCAAAAUUAUAUCUGGGUCUUAAAAGAUUCCAGCGUUUACUUAAAAAGUAUACAAUGUUUAAUGAAUUUACAAAAACAAUGCUUUUCUCAUAAUAAUAGUCACCAGUGACUUUCCAAAAGAAUGUUAUAAUAGGAAAUAUUACAGUAUUCCUAAGUAUAUAGUACUAUAUAUACUGAAGCCUAAUUAUUGUACAGUGUAGA